AUGUCAUCAACAAUAGCAUCCACCGUCAUAAGCUCCAUAGCCAGCGUCAUCACUUCCGCCUCGACAGCCAGUUCCUCACCUCACAUAACGAGCUCUCAUGAUAGAUCAGAUGCGAUAUUCGUCGUGGGGUUAGUGAUGACGACGUUGGCGACGACGUUUGUGAUGUUGAGGAUAUUAUCGAAAACAUGGGUGGUCAAGAAAGUCAUGUGGGAUGAUUAUAUCACUAUAUUAGCUUGGCUCUUCUUCCUCGCUCUAUCAGUGGCCACCAUUAUAGCUUCGCGGAAUGGCUUGGGUAAAGUCGGUGUGGAUAUAGAGCCCCGUUGGGUUGGCAUACUGCGAAAAUGCAUCUACACAUUCGUUGUAUUCUACAAUCCAGCAACGAUGACAAUCAAACUCGCCAUUCUACUCCUUUAUCGUCGGAUGUCCGAAGUUCAACCUUGGUUCAGAUAUGGAACGUACGCCACGAUGUUAAUCGUCUCACUCGCCGGGAUAGUCGGAACUUUCAUCGCCAUCUUUCAGUGUCGACCCAUCAACGCAGCUUGGAAAACCGAUGAUGAGACUGGCCAAAGUGACGACUCUGGCCAAUGUAUAGAUGUUAUCGCAUUAUUUCUCUCUACCGCACCGAUUAACAUCUUGACCGACUUGGCGAUCCUUCUACUUCCCUUACCGAUCCUCACCAGUCUAAGAAUGGAGAUGAGACAGAAGGUGGCGCUGAUAGCCACGUUCUGCGUCGGUGGGUUUGUCACUGUCGUCGACGUAGUAAGAAUAGCAUAUCUACAGCAAGCUCUGAGAGCCGAGAGGUUAUUCGGUGAUCAUGGCCAACUCAACGCGAAUACUCAAUUCGGCGAUUACACGUUUUACAUCAGUCUGUCACUGAGUUGGUCAUUCAUCGAGAUAUCAGUGGGUUUGAUGUGUUCCUGUACGUUGGUACUGAAACCGUUGAUCUUGAGGGUGAUGCCUGCUAUAUUAAGAAAGAAAAGACCAACUGGAGGUAUGGGUAUAACUCAACAGGAAGAUUACGCCUUGACCAUUAGGUCUGCCUCUGUGAAUGGUACAGAAUCGCCCGAAAGGGAGAAAGGGAAAUCACCAAAAUCGCCUCAAGAGCAAACUUCGUUCGUGCAAUUAUCGCCAUCACCGCAGGAUAUACGAGAGGACACCAACGCGGUCAGUGGGAAUGGAAAUGGUAGUGCACAAGCACGUGCGGAAGAGGAGCAAACAGAGCAGGAGGAAAUAUUUGAUUUCUUGUCGAUACUGAAAGAAGAACCACCUCAAUACAUCAACGGUAACAACAAUAAUGAUUAUAACAAUAGAAAUCAAAACAAGACUUUCAUCAGUAAUAAUAAUAAUAUGGUACCGGAGAUCAGACGUGUACCUUCCAUAUCGGUUAACGAAGCUCAAGGUCAAACACAGGGGAAGAAAUCGAAUAGAUCAGUAUCGAAUGGACAUGGUACCAAUACCAAAUCGACAUAUAUGAAUAGAAUACGGGGGUAUUCGACGAGUACGAAAAAACCCGCAAUGGUUGAGAAGCAUACGCAAGGACCAACCGCAAAGUUCUUCGAUUUUGUCAAUAUGGGCGUCAAUAGGCACUUGACCGAGUUGGGUGCUAGAGAGGCAUUAGGUCCGAUUCUAUUUGUCAGUAUUCUCUUCUUCCUAUGGGGUUUCUCUUACGGUCUGAUCGGAAACCUAAAUGGCGAGAUCGAGGGUUUACUCGGCUUCCAACCUCAUGAAAGUUUGGGAUUGCAAAGUGCCUAUUGGGCCGCAUACUUAGUUGGACCUGUGUGUGUCGGAUAUUGGACACUCACGAAAAAAGGAUUCAGAUUCACCUUCAUUACCGGAUUAACGAUCUACUCCAUCGGAGCUAUGGCAUUUUGGCCCUCAGCGGUCUUAACAAGUUUUCCCGGGUUCGUCGUCAGUAAUUUCCUGGUCGCUUUGGGAUUAUCGACAUUGGAAACUGCUGCCAAUCCGUUCAUCGCCCUUGCCGGUCCUGGAGAAUUAUCUGAAACAAGACUACUUUUCUCUCAAGCUAUUCAAGCUAUCGGGUCGUUGUUUUCUUCAUUGCUCUCUCAACGAGCUUUAUUCAACAAUGUCGAUCAGAUGCGAUUAUUCAAGGUUCAAUGGUGCUACUUGGCAGUGUCGAUAUUCGUUUUGUUCUUAGCCGCGAUAUUCUACUAUGUCCCUCUCAGUGAAGCUACGGAUGAAGAUUUGGAGAUCAAAGCGUCAAGGAGAUUCAAUCAUGCUGAAAUCACCAAGGACUGUAAAUCAUUCGGCAUAUCCACCAGAGUGGUACUACUGGUUACCGGUGUAUUCGUGAUAUCGAAUUAUGUCAGUGCGCAGGAAUGUAUCAGCUUUACCUGGAAUGGGUUCGUGGAAGAUAUCAAACCUACAGUAGAUGCCCAAUGGAUGAGGACAAUAGGUCAAGGGUUAUUCUUCGCUUCGAGAACUAUAGCGUCCUUUGGAUGCUAUAUCGGUAUUCCGCCUCGAUACAUUUUGGCAUUCUCCAUCACUGGUGCCUUCCUCACCGCGUUAUUACCCAUGGUUCUUCCAGCGGGCAAUGGAGCGUUGGGAACAUUAAUUCUUCACAUGUUUUUCGAAGGUCCGAUCUUUCCAUUGGUAUUUGCCAUGACGAUAAGGGGGCAGGGGAAACACACCAAAUCAACAUCGACGGCUUUGAUCGCUUCGAUUAGCGGAGCCUCCAUCUUCCCUGUUGUCUCGUACAAAGUCGAAGCUAUCCAUCCUACCAAUCGAUUAAUCGCUUUGAUAGUGGUUUGCUCAUUGUACGGGUCGUGCUUCUUCUUCCCUGUGAUUCUGACGGUGGAUAGGAAUCUGAGAAGAUGGGUAGAUCCCAGGUGGUCAAUCAAGAAGAAAGGUGAUCAGGUUGCUAGACAUAAAGAUAUUGAUGGCAAUAUGAUUAGUCGACCGAAUUAUACGAAACAGAUUAGAGAUGAUUUAGGUAUAACGUCGAAUAACAGUUUUACGAAUAACAGUCAGAACGGGAGGAGGAUAGGUUUAGGAUUGAAUCUGAAUGGAGCGGAUUUGAAUCAGGUUACUAGUUUUAGUAGUAUCAGAGGAUUGAGGGGAUUUGAAGGUUGA